GAAAACAGUGCGAAUUGAGGACAUACAUCCCUUUGAUGAAUCUGUGCUGAUACCAAGAUCUCAUGAUGAAACUUGUCAAGUUGGAAAUAACAAUCUUGUUGAGCCAAUUGUGCUAAUAGAUUCUGAAAGUAAAAGAUAUGAUGAUGGAGCAGCAAGAUAUAAAGAUAAUAUGAAAUAUAUCAUUAAUGAAGGACUUAGUAAAAAGGGAAUAGAUGCUGAAAAUAAACUUGAAGCAUUUAGCCAUUGUCAAGGUCCUGAUAUGGUAAUGAUGAUGUGUAUCUAA